UUUACGUUUGUCUUCUCAGCUGGAGGGUGUGGGAGGGUGUCGUAGGCCCACCUAAAACUCGUCUAAAACCCAAUAAAAGAAGAAAGAAGACAUCUAAAACCCCACAAAGCAAAGAAAUAUCGGAGAUCCAUGGAAUAUUGACAUAAAGAGCCUAAAGCCCUAUAAAAGAGAAGAUUAUCGGAUGGGACAGCAAUCAACAAGUAGCCCAUUGCAAUCUCCAUCAUGUCGGUGCUCAACAAGUUACAUGAAGGCUUUACAAAUGAAGACCAAAAUUACCUAAAGGUUUUGCAGGUUAUUCGCAACCAGGGCCAGAGAGUGUUAUAUCAGGUCCUGCUCUGGGGUUGGCCAAAUGAUGUACCUGUGACAAACAUGACUAAGCACUUUCUUAUUGACUUGCCUCAGUCAGGAAAGAUUAAACUCAAGGUGUUUGACAAAACACAGCAGUCUAAUAUUAAUGCCGACCCAAAGGGAGACACUUAUGAUGUGUCACUGCUACAUAAAUGCAUUAAGAUUGCCUGUGUUGGUGUAGCACCAUAUGAAGAUGAUGCUUGGAAGCCAGGAGAUGACACACGGCUUGAGUCCUUGGUGACCGAGAUAAAAAAUGAGAGAAAUGAAUUGUUUCACAAAGUAAUUAGCAUGGACAACAACACCAUGUUCAGUAAUAUUGAAGAGAUCAGAAAAAUUUUGAUUAAGACCAUCGAAACUGCAGGAAUUCGCUUUCAUGUAGAUCUUCAAGAAACUCAGAAAAUCAUUGCCAAUGUAAAUCACAAUGUUAAUGCAAUCAGAGAUGCUAGUCUUGAUAAAGUGGAUCUUCAGAAAUAUCAGAAGGUAUUAUUACAUGAAAACUUAAAAACUUUUCUGAAGGUGAAUGGCUCACAGGAGCUGAAGGAACGCAUAAAGAAACUAGUGAAAUUAAAUCCAUUCCACUUCCUUGAUGGAAGUAAUUACUGUUUUGAAGUUGGAAGUGUGUUCUCCAAGAUUGAGAUAGGGCAAGGUAAUGGGGACAGUAAAAAUCAGGAGAUUGAAUAUAUAGAUAUACUUAGACUAAGUGAAUCAUGUGAGAGCAUAUCUAGUAUUGCUAGUAAUAAUGAAGCUGUCACGCUGAUACUUUUAGAAGGGCAAGCUGGCUAUGGAAAAACAACCAUGUUUAAGUUUAUAUUAACAGACUGGGAAAGUGGCACAAAUUUCAUAAAGGACAUAGCAUCAUUUGAUCUAGUUCUGCCAAUAAUGUGUAGAGACUCACAUGUAAGUAACUUUCGUGACCUUGUAAGUUCUCUUAUGCCUAAAACAUUGAGAUCUUUCAGAAGCAUAGAUGAUUUCAUAGUCUGUACUUAUAGCCUAAGAAUUUUAGUUGUUGUGGAUGGGCUUAAUGAGAUGACAAAAGAUUCAAGUAAGGUAUUUAAUGACCUGCUAUCUCGAAUGAAAUUGCAUGAUAUGACUGUUCUAUGCACCAGUCGGCCAGAAACAGUGAAUACCCUCUUUUACCAAAGGAUUCCUUCUGAACUGAAGAAGGUUCACUUGAAAAUCAAAGGCGUGCCAGUAGGGCUGAGAGGGGAUUUUGUACAGAAAUAUCAUGAUGAAAUGAUAAAAAAUAACAAGAGUAAGAAGAGUACUGCUGGCCUUGUGGAGUACAUCAAUAGAACAUCAAGUAAGCUCCAACAUCACUUUAAUUCACCUCUUAAUCUUGUACUUUUAACUCAUCUUUGGUCUAUGUAUCCUGACAUGGUGAACAGUGUUACAACUGCAACUGAGCUGUAUUCAAAAGUGGACAUGUUGCGGAUUAAUGAGCUAAAAUUAAGACUGUCCAACAGUUAUACAAAUAUAGAUAGGACUAAUGAUUGUCAAAGGUUUGAGAAAGCAUUGUUUGCUGAAGCACUGAUAUCAAUCAGUAGAAAUGAUGCUAACUUACCAGAAAAUUCAAAGCAGAGAUUAAGGAAAAUGUGCAAUGAACUCAAGUUGGAUUUUGAGGAAGUCUUGUUUCACUUCUUAGUCAUGAAGGGAACCUUUACAGUGACUGGUAGAAGUGAAGUGAUCACAUUCCCGCAUCAGGAUAUUCAGGAUUAUUAUGGAGCCAGGUGCCUGUAUUUUGCUCUUUUGAGUGAUAGUUAUUUUGACUUCAUAAAGUAUGGUGUAUUGAGAAAAAAAUUAUCUGUAUGGAAAAACCUUUGGAGUGUUCUGACUUCUGAAGAACAAGUGCCCUUACUGCCUGAGGCCCUGACAGAGCCACAUCCCUUCCAAACACGAAGAACCAUAUCCAAAAUUUUAGAAGAAGUCCAUGGUACCAAGGUUGACUCCAUAAACUUUUCCAGGUACCACAAUGUGCUAAAGCACCUUGCAGGGCUUCUAGGUCAGCAUGUACACCAGGUACCUGAUGAGCUUUCCAAAGAGCUGCUCAAAUUGUUCUGCCAUGCUAAUGUUGUCAGGAGAGAUCAAUGGCUUGAUAUCCUGAGGGAAGUGAAAUGUGAUGCAUCAACAUCAAAGUACAUUGCCACCUUCGUCUCCCAGAGCUGUAAGGGUCACAUCUAUGUCAAUGACGAGGAGGUAGGAAUCUAUGCCUCACUCAUGCCCCACUCCAAGCCAGAAAAAGUGACUCUAGAAUUAAUAAGCAAUCCGCGAGAGAUUCCACGUCUGCCAGAGCUCCUCAGGGCAGUCGGCAACCAUGAGGGUGUUCAGGUGAAUCUGAAGCUCCAUUAUGACUUUGUGCAUGGACAGGAAUCGGAUCAACUGCUUGAUCAUCUGAAGUCUGAACAUGGAGAUCUAAGAUGUAACCUGAAAGUGAUGAUGGGACAUUUGUCAGACAUGAGUAUACUGCCAGCUACAAUAGAAGAAUUGUCCUUAUCGAUAAGGAAUGACGAUGAAGCCAAGAAACUCAAGUGUUUUUAUUGAUGCCCUGCCAACUACUAUGCCAAGUCUUCAGA